AACGCCUUCGACGUGCUACUCAGUAGCAGCAUGAUCAUUUACAGCAGCCUGACGGCAAUAAGAAACUUUAACAGACGGCGGAUUAAAAAGACAUCGAUUUUAAAUAAGAUAAUUAGUAUUUAGACAAUCACAUUUGACGUCUUCCGGGCCGCCAAGCACCGCCCAUUUCAGUGGAUUCUUUCUAGUAGUUUAUUGUGUUUCUGUGAUGUGUUGUACGUGUUACUAUUGAUGGUGGGUGUAAUAGAGUGAUUACGGCAGGGUGACUAACUAGCGCUUGUCAUCCUCCAGUUAGACUUGCUUCUGUGAUUUAGUGAGAGUCCAGACAGGUUAUCGCAGGUGAUAUUGUCGGUGAUAUUCGACUUUCUUGGUGACAGCAUGGCUCUACGCGUUUGCGGUGCUUUUCUUCGGUCUUACUCGACCCAUGGCAAGUCCGUUCUCGGUGGACUCUCAUCAGUCCGCUUCAAAAGUUCCAGUCCGGUUCACAUCAGUCAUCUGGACCACCUGGUGCUCACUGUCCGAGACCUGAACAAAACCACAAACUUUUACUCCAAGGUUUUGGGGAUGGAGGUCGUCACUUUUAAGGGCGACCGUAAGGCUCUGAGUUUUGGAGAGCAAAAACUCAACCUGCAUCAGGCAGGGAAGGAGUUUGAGCCCAAAGCCAAAAGCCCCAUGCCAGGAUCUGCUGACCUGUGCCUCAUUACCAAGACCCCUCUGACAACCGUCGCUGCCCACCUCAAGGCGUGUGGAGUGACAAUAGAGGAGGGUCCCGUUGACAGGACGGGGGCUGUGGGUCCCAUCCGCUCCCUCUAUUUUCGUGACCCUGAUGACAACUUGAUUGAAGUCUCCAAUUACCAGCCAUAGAUAGCAAGGGGCGCUGUAUCAUUGCCUUAAGAUGAAUAUGUACUCAGAUGCCUUCCCAAAGAUGUUUUUAAAUGUAACAAUAAUAAUAAAAAAAUCAACUACCAA